GGGGCCCGUAGCUUCGAGUCUGGAGGCUGGAGGUGGAACUCUGGGGGAGAAGGCAGCACAGAGUGAGAGGCCGAGAAAGAUGGUUUCGAGUACGACGACGAUAGUGAAUACAUACCCUCUCUCAAGCUAUACUUUCGGAACGAAGGAGCCCAAGAUGGAGAAAGAUACUUCUGUAGCUGAUCGUCUUGCUCGUAUGAAAGUCAACUACAUGAAAGAAGGCAUGCGGACGAGUGUUGAAGCAAUUCUACUGGUACAGGAGCAUAACCAUCCUCAUAUACUGCUUCUGCAAAUUGGAAACACCUUUUGCAAGCUUCCUGGUGGGCGUCUAAAGCCUGGAGAGAAUGAAAUUGAGGGUUUGAAACGGAAACUCUCUAGCAAACUUGCCACUAAUUCUACAGCUCUUCAACCAGAUUGGCAGAUCGGGGAGUGUGUCGCUGUCUGGUGGAGGCCAAACUUUGAAACUAUAAUGUACCCCUACUGUCCUCCCCAUAUCACAAAGCCGAAGGAAUGUAAGAAGCUUUUCCUUGUUCACUUGUCUGAGAGGGAUUACUUUGCAGUUCCAAAAAACUUGAAACUGUUAGCUGUUCCACUGUUUGAGCUUUAUGAUAACGUUCAGAGAUAUGGACCGGUUAUCUCCACCAUCCCACAGCAGCUGUCCAGAUUCCAGUUCAACAUGAUCAAUGCAUGAAGAAGCAGAAUGUAGAGGAAUUUAUUUAGGCCGGGGCCUAAAUUAUCAAUUAAUUGGUUUGAGUGAGGACACAGUUUUGCAGAUAGACAUACAACUGAAACUAAUCAAAGUCGACCUUAUUUUCUGCACAGACAGUAUAUACUCGGUCCUUAUAAGGACUUGUAUCCUUCCAUUUUCUGAUAAACUGGUUCAUCUUGUUUGAGUUGGUGUACUUGUAUAAUGCUUAGGUCCUGAAUGUGAAUGCUACUCCUUGUAUGGUAAUUGAAGAGCUGUUUGUGUCUUUGUGGU